GAGCUCACCCAGGUGCAGGUCAGGCAGGUGAAGCGCCUCCCCGGAAACAGAGCUGGACUGCCCCACCUGCCCGCCCUGCCUGCUCAGAUCGGAUCCAGCACCUCCAGGCUUCUUGAGCCAGCGGUGACAGCUGAGGCCAUGUGAGUCAGAUCCUGAAUGAGGCUUUAUCUCUGGGUCUCCGUCCAGUCCCAUCGUCCACCGUGGCACCAGCUCCCUUGGCCAGCCGGGAUGGGACAGGCAACUGAGACAGCCAGAGCCAGAGAGGUGAUGGUGACCAUCCCCUGGACCGUGCGAGGAACAGGACUCUGGGCCUCUGGCUGCCGCGCAGGUAGUGGGGGCUCCAGGCCAUGAUCCGUACCUCUGCCCCCUGACGCAGCCCUCUGCCCUUACUCGUGCCCGAUCAGCCAUGUCUGAGAGAGAGGCUCAGGCCCCGCCGGGCCGGGGGCUGCCGCCGGAUGUGCUGGCGGAGCAGGUGGAGCUGUGGUGGUCCCAGCAGCCGCGGCGCUCGGCGCUCUGCUUCGCCGUGGCUGUGGGCCUCGUGGCGGGCUGUGGGGCGGGUGGCGUGGCCCUGCUGUCCUCCACCAGCAGCCGCUCGGGCGAGUGGCGCCUGGCGGUGGGCACAGCGCUCUGCCUGCUGGCCCUGCUGGUCCUGGUUAAGCAGCUGAUGAGCUCGGCCGUGCAGGACAUGAACUGCAUCCGCCAUCCUCGCCACGUGGCCCUGCUCCGCAGCGGCGGCGGGGCUGACGCCCUGGUGGCGCUGCUCAGCGGCCUGGUGCUGCUGGUCACCGGCCUGACGCUGGCAGGGCUGGCCGCCGCCCCUGCCCCCGCCCGGCCGCUGGCCGCCAUGCUGUUCGUGGGCGUCACCCUGGCUGCCUCAGGUGCGCUCUUCCUGCUGGGCCUGCUGCUGUAUCAGGUGGCCGUGAGCGGACACUGUCCCCGCCCCCGUGCGGCCGCCCCCUCCGCCCGCAGUGACCGCAGUGGGAAUGGCAGCGUCUUCAGCAUCUCAGGGCGGUUGUCCGCUGGCCAGCGUCACGAGACCACGUCCAGCAUCGCCAGCCUCAUCUGACCGAGCCCGGGCCCUCCUUCCCGCGACCCGCCUCAGCCUCCACAGAGCCGUGCCCGGGCGCGAGUGAGGGUGUGUGCCAACACGUGUGCGCACACGCACCAAGGGGAGAGUGACUGCGUGGGUGCCCCCAGGACUGCCCAGCCCUCUGAGGGACCGUGUGACCGUGAUGAGGGGCCGACUUGCACCCACACGCCCACGUCACAAGGAGGGAACUGCUUCUCCUUGGAGCUCGUGGAACCGUCAGUCUGCCUGUCUGUGUCCGGGGCCUCUAGGCAGAGAAGGGUCUGGGAUCCCUGAAGAUCCCUGGCCCCUAUCCCUAACACCCCUCAAGGGCAACUCUGCCCUGUAACACCUGUCAGGGAUUUCCCCAGGAGAGGCUGCUGCCCGCCCCAGAGGCUGCGCCAGUGAGCCCCUUUAUCAAGGAGACUGAAUGGUGACAGAGUGGACAGAACACAGGCUCCGGCGUGACAGGCCUGGGCUGCAGUCCCCCCCUCUACCACUCACCAGCUGGGGGCCUUGGGCAAGUGGCUUAACCUCUCUGAGCCCCGGUUUCUUGAGCGUCAUGGUCACGGUCAUCAAUUGUUAGGAUCAAAUGACAUUAUGUAUAGAAGGACCGGGCACACGGCAGAUGUGCAAUAAAAGUGGUGGCUGCUGUUA